GCCAAGUAAAGUCAUAUUUUUGUAGGUUUCUAUCUGUGUUCGCCCAUUUUCGAACUUAGAAGGAAGAACAGGCAACAUAAAGCUUCUAGUGAACGAGUAUCAAGUUCGCAAUGGCAGCGACAGGAGGGAAGGCCAAUUCCCACGAUCGGAAAGACUUCAAAGAUAAAAUCCGUGAUUUUGUAGAACAUUUUACGGCAAAUACAAGCUUUCACGGAGUGAGAUACACAUUCGAAGCUGCUACGUGCUUUGGGCGCACAAUAUGGGUGUUAGUUGUGAUCGCCUUUUCUGCGUGGUUCACCUAUCAAGUUGUUGAGAGAGUAGCUUACUACAAGACAGACCCAGUCACUGUCGACAUGAAUGUCGCUUACAACCGUUCACUCAGAUUCCCAAGUGUUGCCAUCUGCAACACCAACCAGUUCAGAAUGACCAAAGCGUGGGAGGCCGGCAUUUAUAGGAAGCUGGAAACCUUCUACGGCGCCGAUCUGAACACAAGACGAAAUAUCGAAAUCCUAGAUGACUUGAAUAUCACCCAGACUAUACUAGACAUGGCACACAGGAAGGAGGACAUGAUCAAGAAGUGCGUUUGGAAAGGGCAUGAUUGCAGUCACCAUAAUUUCACACAACGGAUGACAGAUUUUGGGGUCUGUUUCGUGUUCAACGAUCUAAUGUCUGUAAGAGACCCGGAUGAGUUUAAAACUCAGAACACGGGAGCCUCGUCUGGGCUGCAGUUGUUCCUGAACGCCGAGGUUUAUGAACUCUCGCCAGGCCCACACUUACCAGCGGGAAUCCAGGUGUUGAUAUUCAAUGGCCAUGACCAUCCUCGGGUGUUAGAUUUAGGCACGGCGGUGCCAGUGUUCGAGGUUUCUAGAGCUGCCCUGCAUCUCUCAAGCGUUUCUCGGCUACCUGAUCCUCAUGGCCGCUGCGCCUCCCAUACAUUGAGAGACUUCAAGGAGUACUCCUUCCAAGCCUGCCUUGCGGAGGUAAUCACCAACGCAACAGCCGAGUCAUGUGGUUGUAUCGGAUACGAACAAAGAUGGGUUGGACCCGAUAGGCCUCCGUAUUGUAAUUUGUCAACCUUGUAUGGCUGCCACAGUGACGUCAACGCUCGUUCGUUCACGGGCACGUGUCCCCAUCCCUGCCAUCAAGAGGACUACACCACUACCCUAUCCAACACGGGCCUCUCCACGACUAGCAUCAGCGCAAUGUUGAAUGUCUUCCGGUCGGACGCGCCCUUACUUGCAAACUACAGAAAAGCUUUGCUCCUCAGGCAACUGGUGGAUGAGGAUACCGUCGAGGACGAUAAAGACAUGUUACAUGGCCUUUAUAAUACGCAUCACAAGUUACAAGUUGAAGUUCAGACACCCCUUCGAGCCAAUAUGUCUAAUAUAGACCGAGAACUGCUUAAGGCUUUAACGGAGUUGGAAUCUAUUGAUGAUCGACUGGCAAACGCGACCAAGAGCCAAACCGAGAACUACGAAUACGUCUUCAGGGUCCAAACCAUUGAGAAAUUCUUGAAUCCGAAGCUAGUCGAGUUGGAGAUACGAACUUGGGAACUAACAGUCACCGUACUCCCUUAUGAGUUAAAGCCUAACAUGUUUAAUAAUGACCCCAGUGCACAGAAAACCACCAAACUGCUGAUAAGGCAACUGCAAAACUACUUUUCUGAAUCAAAGGCUUUGAUAUAUACAGUUGAGAAGAUGUAUAACAUCUACACCUUGAAGAUCUUGAAGGAGAACCUCACGGAAUAUAAUGGAUUGUCGGUACCACGGGGAAUCAUCAAUUACAACCGAGACGCAAUAAUUCAAGCAAUUCACAAAUUUUCUAACUUUGGUCAGGUUUUAAGAGACAAGAUGGAGCUAUUCGAAGAUAUGGCAUUGCGACUGCCCACAGACAACAAGACUCUCUUUGAAACUUGGUACCAUGAGAUGUUGGCGGCCGCAAACGAAAUUAACGGAGUUUCUCUUGGCCAGUUUCGGUCCAGCGCUCAGGAGUUGCUGAAAGAGAUGAAGAAAGUUAGCAACACCCUCAGGGAUGGGAUAAAGAAAUUUCAGGAGAGCAAUGCGAAGUUUAAACAUUUUCUUUUUGCGAUACUGGACCUGAUGAGUACUUACGAUUGGAAAAAGUCGCGAUACCGUGUCGAUGCAGUCGAGAGGGUCUUCACAGAAGUUGUGGAGCAAGCUUAUGAUUUGAUCCCCAUCUGGGAGAAGGUUACCAAGGAGAAGCUCAUUGCACUUGUCACACCACUAUCGGUGUUCAAAGACGCGAUCGUCGACUACAGACGCGGAAGCAACGUAGUGAUGGAGACACUGACAAAAUUCGAGGAGACCAAGUUGGAUUCAAAAUCAAUUCGUCUCGUCCACGAUGCCAUAACUGCUGUUCAAAUAGACUUGCCGGACAUUAGUGUUGCGUUCGCUUCGGAGACAGCCAAGAUAUUACCGCUGCUUCUUAACUUGGAGAAGGCGUUUGAAGAUGUGUAUCAUCUCAUCGGGGGCGUGGAAAAAGCGAGAGAUGGAUUCCUGGCUGAGCUGGACGAUUUCCUGUAUGAGGUGGAGUCGUUUAACAAAACUCUACGAAUCGAUGACGUCAUGAUAAGGAAGAAUGUUCUUGCCCUACAAGUGUUUUAUCAAAGUCUCAGCUUAACCGAAGUUUCCAAGUCACCGGCUUACACAUGGUUUGCCUUGCUGUGUGACAUUGGCGGCACAGCCGGCCUCUUCCUCGGCGCCUCCUUCAUCACCAUCCUGGAGCUUCUCUACUUUAUUGGAAGGAACAUUCGAGCUCCCCAGCUCAUUCCAGUUGCAAAAGUCAAAAGCAGUCAAGUUGAGAGCAGUACCUCUGUUGGUGAUAUCGCGCCCAUCAUCAACACCAGUAAGACAGGCAUUGAACGGAAAUACUCUGAUGAGUUUUCAAUCAAAGCAGCCGAUUCAAAUUGAUUAUUUCGGUGAUUUGCCACGAAGCGGUGUUGCGCCUUCAGGACGAUGAAUUAAAAACGUUAUUGUCAUCCUGUGCUGUCACCCACCGGACUUAAAAGAUCCGGGGAAAGGGCAACUAGCACCAAUGUUCGAGAGCCUUGUCGCAUCGGGUUUUGCUGUUCUUCAAACUCAUGUUUCUGUCAUUGAGACUGUUUUGAACAUCUUUCCAAUUGCAAAAAAUCCGAAAUACCCGGAUGGGCACCACGCCAUAUCUGUUUUGGGAGUUUUAAUCAAUAUAUGCUUAUAUUCGGAUGGGUGCGGUACAGAUACUAACGGCAACACUGGCCAGCAAAAAGACAUUUUGAUUUCUACUUCAGCCUAUCAAUAUGUUUCGCCCCACCUGGGAGGCGACCCAUUGUCGGCAUUUGCUGAACGAACUGCAAUAUUGAAAGUAGUUGAAUAACGAAGUGUGCUUGAAAUGCGUUUUUUUAUUAAACCAUUAAAUUUCACUAACUAGAAGAACAUAUCACAAACCAGUGUUGCGAGGUUGUAAACUUGUCCUAAAGACGCUGAGGGGAUAAAAGUAUGUGAAACAAACAAAAAGGCUCUUCUUUGAAUGCAUCCAGUGUUUAAAGAGACAACUGGGGGGGGGGGGGG